UCAGUUGGUUUCGGAAGUCCAGUCAAUUCAGUUUCUCGACUCCAGCUCAACGGAGCUUACACUGCGUUUCAUUUUAUAAGUAAGCCUACGAAUUUUUUGUAACAUUUUUUGUCAAUAUUCUAGUGUAAAGCUGCUGAAAUAGUUUUUAAUCGGCAGCAAUAGAUCGCAUUCCGAAAUUUCGUAUUGUAUAAAAAGUGAAAAUUUUCUGCAAACAUUAUCCAAAUUGAAACGCAAAAUGCCUCGUUCUCUGGUGGCCUCAUCUCUGCGCCGAUCCAUGAUGGGAUUGAUGAGGAGACCACGGUCGACUAUCUUCGCCAAAGGUCCACUAAUCCAGCAGGUGAGAUACAAGUGCGAGGAAGGCUCCAGUCGCGCCAUGCAGGGCGUCGUAAUCGGCCUGUAUGCCAAGGAAGGCGACAAGAACCCAAAGCUCUCGUCUGGCGGAGAGAAGUUCGACGAUCGCACCAGCGGCAAGGUAAUGGAGCUAAUCAAGGAGUCGGGCCUCAGCGGGGAACUGGGAGUUGGGCGACUCUACCAGAAUGUGGACAAGGAGUACUGCUGCGUGGCGGUGGUUGGCCUGGGCAAGGAAGGUGCCGGCUACAAUGCCGAGGAGGUCAUCGACGAGGGCAUGGAAAAUGUGCGAGUUUGCGCCGCUGUGGGGGCGAGAGCCUGCCAGUUGCAAGGCUGCACCGUCUGUCAUGUGGACGGCAUGGAGUAUCCGGAGCAGGCGGCCGAGGGUGCUGCCUUGGCUGUGUGGCGCUACAACAUGAAUCAGCGCAAGUCGCACCGCAUCGCCAUACCGAAACUGGAGCUGUACGGAUCGUCGGAUCAUGAUGCGUGGACGCGAGGCCUGUUCAAGGCCGAGUCCCAGAAUCUGGCCAGGCGGCUGUCCGAUACGCCCGCCAACCAGAUGACACCCUCGAUCUUUGCCCAGGCCACCGUCGAUGCCCUGUGCCCGUGCGGCGUGGCGGUGGAGGUACGGACCAUGGACUGGAUCGAGACCCAGAACCUGAACUCUUUUCUUAUGGUGGCCAAGGGCUCGUGCGAGCCUCCGAUCAUUCUGGAGAUAAGCUACUGCGGCACUUCGCCCGAAGAAAGGCCCAUCCUGUUGCUCGGCAAGGGGCUGACCUUCAACAGCGGCGGCCUGUCCUUAUUUCCGAGAAAGGGCAUGGAUGAGUACCGGGGAGCUGUUUCGGGUGCCGCAGUGUGUGUGGCUGCCAUCAGGGCGGCGGCUGCUCUCUCGCUCCCCAUCAACGUGUCCGCCAUGCUGCCCCUCUGCGAGAAUAUGCCAUCGGGAAUGGCGGCCAAGCCGGGCGAUGUGGUAACCCUGCUCAACGGCAAGACCUUACGCAUCAAGGACACUUCCCACACCGGAACUAUCCUCCUCGCAGAUCCGCUGCUCUAUUCCCAGACUGUGUUCAAGCCCAAGCUGGUGGUAGAAGUGGGAGCUAUGGCCAGCGGCGUGCGUAAGGGAUUAGGUGCCUCGGCGACGGGUUUGUGGACCAACAACUCAUUCCUCUGGAAGAACUUCCAGAAGGCCGGCGCCGUCACCGGAGAUCGACUAUGGCGCAUGCCCCUCUGGAAGUACUUUAGCAAACUAGUCUCCCCGACCAAGUCCUACGAUAUGUGCAACAAGGGCGAGGGUCAUGCAUCCUCCUGCCUGGCCGCCGCCAUGCUCUUCGAGCUGGUGCCCUGCUCCGACUGGGUGCACCUCGAUAUCCACGGCACCGGAAUGCUGGCCAUGCACGGUGUGCCGCCUUAUUUACUCAAGAAUCAUAUGAGCGGACGGCCCACGCGCUCCAUCAUUCAGUUCCUUUUCCAGAUGGCCUGCAAAUCGUGAUUCUUCAUACGAGUAUUGACGAGGGAUCCGUGUUCCUUAAAGAAAUAACUUAAUGUCGUUUGUGCUGUCCCCCAUUAUUAUCCUUAAUGACGUCCUGUCUGCAAAAAGACAAGAGUGUUGUAUGUGUAUUAACCUCCAGUGGUCAGUAUAAGAAAAAAUGUCGAAUAAAAUUGUGGAAAGUGAAAA